AUGGAUGAGAGUAGAAGCAAGAGCAACGGCGGGGAGGUGAAGUACAGGGGCGUGAGGAAGCGGCAGUGGGGGAAGUACGCGGCGGAGAUACGGGACACCUCGAGGCAGGGGGCGAGGGUGUGGCUGGGGACGUUUGGCACGGCCGAGGAGGCGGCUAGGGCUUACGACAGGGCGGCCUACGAGAUGAGGGGCCAUUAUGCGAUCCUCAACUUCCCCGAGGAGUACAACCUGCCAAGCAGUUCGUCCCACUUCGCUGCGCCCCCGGGGGGCUCGCAGCAGGGGCGCCAGGUGUUCGAGUUCGAGUACUACGAUGAUAAGCUUCUUGAGGAGCUUCUUGAUGAUGAUAAGAGAGACAAUUGACCAAUAGGUUUGAUUGAUCAAAUCAUUUUCAUCGCCAUUCUGAAUUUCCUGUGAGACUAAGGUGAAUAAAAAUUGCAAUAAUUAAAUUUCAUCUGCAAGAGAAAUUCAUGUGUAGCCAUUGAAAUGGAGUGCAUGCAUCUGCAUUUUACUUGUGUGCGUGGUUGAUUUUAUGUAACCAAUUUCUUCUUUUAAAUUUGAUUAUAUGGAAAUUGGAUU